GGUGGAGUGUGAAGCUUACAAAUCUUCACGUAGAGUAUCAACGGCGCGCGAACAUUCAGUUAGCGGAUAGAAGCAUUCUCGAUAGAACUGUUUUGAUUACGUGAGAACUCGGCUUCAAGCACCAAACCCUCAACAAAUAAAAGGAGUACAUGACUGAAGGCAUCUUCAGUGUGAAUUUUGUGUGAGACUGACAUAACACCCUGAACCUCAUCUGUUGACAUCCCGAAAGACUGCAUGCACUUGUAACCAUUGUGGCAGGGAGAAGACCCUAAAGUGUAAGUAGCUCUGCACAACACCACAAGGAAGGCUAGAAUCUCACAACAGUGCUACCCAGAAGCCUUCUUUCCACGUUUACUAUGGAGAACAAACAAAAUGUUAACAUUAAGGAAGAAGCCUGUGAGUGGGAAUGUAUGCAACUUCAGGCAAAUGUUUAUGGAAUUAAGAAAGAGGAUGAUUGUGAUUGGGAAGAAGUAAUAAUUAAAGAAGAGCCUGACCCAACAUCUUAUACAACUGACUUGGAAACAAAUGAAACUGUAAACCGUGUCAAGGUUGAAGACCUUAAGUUGGAGACUGUCUCUCACAAUUUGUGUCCAGAAGAAGAGAUAACUGGAGCAGGCUUCGUAAAUGCACAGGUGAAGACUGAAUCUUUGUACUCUGGCAUGAGUAUAUCUGAGAAACCAUCAUAUUCAAGGAACUCUGGAGAAGAUUUUCAAGAUGGUGGCACCUUCUUCCCAUCUUCAUUUCCUCAGACGUCUCUUAACUGUAGACCCCAGCAAAAUGAAAACCUGGAAAAACUGACAUCUGCAGCAGAGAUCAUGAUGCCAAACUUGUUCCCAUAUAGUUCACUGUCUUCUGUGAAACAGGUAGACGCAAUCAACAGUCAGCAUGUGUCUGACACAAAUUCAGCACCUUUUUAUGUCUACCAAGAGCAGAAUGACACGUAUAAACAAAAAUCUGAAACCACACCUAAAUGGAGUAAUACAAGACAGAGGCCAUUUUGCUGUUCUGAAUGUGGCAAACAGUUCUUGAAAAAAAGCCAUUUCCAGGUCCACAAAAGAAUACAUACAGGAGAGAAGCCAUUUUCCUGUUCUGAAUGCGGCAAAGGAUUCUAUGAGAAAAACAACCUUCAGGCCCAUACAAGAAUUCACACGGGAGAAAAGCCAUAUUGCUGUCCUGAUUGCGGUAAAGGAUUCUCUGAUAAAAGUGGACUUCGGGUCCACAGAAGAACUCACACUGGAGAGAAACCAUAUUGCUGCCCACAGUGUGGGAAACAUUUCUCCAAAAGUGGCCAUCUCCAGAGACACAAAACAAUUCAUAGUGGAGAGAAGCCAUAUCACUGUUCGGAAUGUGGAAAACAAUUCUCACAAAUGAGUAAUCUUCAGAACCAUAGAAAAAUUCACACUGGGGAGAAGCCAUAUUCCUGUUCUGAUUGUAACAAAAGCUUCUACAGAAGUAGCAGCCUUUUAACCCACAUGCGAAUUCACACUGGGGAGAAGCCAUAUUGCUGUUCUGAAUGUGGCAAACGAUUCUCUACAAACAGCAAUCUUCUGACCCAUAUCAGAAUUCACACUGGAGAGAAGCCAUACUGCUGCACUGAAUGUGGAAAACAAUUUGCACAAAAAGGUAAUCUUCAGGGACACAUAAGAAUUCACACUGGUUAACCCCUUGAGAAAAAUUAAUAAUGUAAUUAUGGAGACCUUUAAGAGAGGCAGAAUCCUGAGUGUGGCAUGGAUUGACUGUAUAUUUUUAAAAAACCUUUGAUCACAUAUCUCAUGUCUGGAUUGUCAAAUGCCUGCCACUGUGUAAUAGCCAUCGAACUCCACUAAGCUCACUUCUUAGUAACCUCACUCAUGUUUUCAAAAUUAGCACCCAAAAUCAACCAAGCCACCAGAUAGUCACUUUCCCUUCUAUUUACAGACCACCUGAUACUAAAGAGCUCCAGCCACAAGCACCUAGAAGAGCAGACUUCAAAAUGAGAUUUGUGCUUAACAUGAGUGCCAAAGAGACUUCAAUGGGAAAUUAACAGUCCAGUGAAGAUAUCAGACUGGUGGAGGAAUCCUCAGAAAUUCAAACUUGGAAAAAUGCUAUAAAUAUAAGGAGAUAAAAGAAGGUGCAGAAAAAUGGUAAAGAAUACAUCUGUAAGAUAAUGAUGAUCCUCAGGAGUUCUCUCAGUGUGCAGUAAAAUCUAGACCAUUACCCACCUAGACAUUCCCACUUUACCAUACAGCUUUGGAAUUAUAGACUUGCUACAAACCAACUAAACACUAAACUACAAAAACUAUUGUGUGCACCCAAUGCAUACCAAAAAUCUAAUAUAAUUUCAAGAAACAGACAUGGGCCCGACUGAAACUUACGAUAGAAACUUACAGAGCAGUAAUCAUUUGUACUGCAGACAUAAGAACAAAAUGCAUUGAAAGAACCCCAACAUGAAGUAAGGAAAAAAAAAAUCCUCAGUUAUAAAAACUACAAUUUUGUAAAAAGGAAGGCAUGAUGCACUCCCCUGCGUUGGGAUCAGACAAUGGCAGCAGAACCUGUUAGACAGCAGAUACAAGUUCAAAUGGUUGGACCAACUGAAAAGGAAAAGCAAUUGGCAAGACCACAAGUGUACCAGUGAAAAUAAACUGACCUUAAGAAUGAAACUACUGAGAUUGGUUCAUUGUUGUGAGGUUGGUUUAUUCCAUCAUAAAUAAGAUACUGUACUCUAAAUAAACUCUCUCAAUCCUACCUCUGAGUGUCGUAUACUUACAUCUCUGCAGACUUACAAGAAGGUGACACUUUCCUCCUCCUCCUCUUCGGUUUCCACAGGCAUCUCCUCAAUAGACCACAGCAAAAUGAAAAUGGGGCAGUCAACUGGAUCAGAAAUUUAGAUCCUGGCCUUCUUGCUUUUUGGCGUUAUGCCAGUAGUGAAAUCGAUGCACAACCACAAGUGCAUGGUGCAAAUUCAGCAGCUUUGCAUGUGAACCACAUGACUGUUUGGACCGUGGCAAAGUAUCCUUGCACAUAAGAAGUCUUCAUUUUGUUGCUGAAAAUAUUCAGCCAUCGUUCCCAAUGAAUUCCAGGAUGGACAUCCUUAAUUACACCUGGCCAGUGGACCCUUGGCCUGUGAACAGUAAGGCUUUCCAUAGCAUGACUGGUUAAUCUUAAGAGAUAUGUUUCUUUUAUCAUUUAGGUUUAUUUACUAUGUAUCCCUCCUACUGUUAAACUGACUUGUUAUUUAGAAUAUAGGAUAAAUUUACUGGUGGGAUGCACAUCUAAAACAAUCAAAUUAAAUAAAACACAAGCAGCGGGUGCAAUGAAUUAUAAUUAUAUCUGCUGUUAUAAUAUUGUUAACUAUACAAUAUACACAUUUUGUUUCGUGCACACAUAUACGCACAGCUAUCCCCUUAUUAGCUUAUUUAUAUCUCAAAGCACACAGAUUAUUAAUACUCAACACAAUAAUGGAUAUGUAAAAAUAAAAAUAAGCACACGUUCAGGAAAUAUCCACCUAGAUUAUCUUACAUUAAUUACUUGCCCAGAGUUAAUUCCUUGAAAAAUCAUUGUCGGCACACUGUGCUGGAGCUCAUUACCUUCUUCUUCUUUUGGUUGCCUCCAUUUAGGGGUUGCCACAACUGAUCAUUUGUCUCCCAUCUAUCUCUGUCUUUUACAUCAUUUUCCGACACACCGACUGCCUUCAUAUCCUCCCACAACACAUCGAUCAACGUCCUCUUUGGCCUUCCUCUUGCCUGGUGGUUCCAUUGUCAACAUUCUUUUCCCCUCAUCUCUCCUCUGCACGAGCCCAAACCAUCUCAAUCUGGUCACCAAACUGUCAUACCUGUGUUAUCCCUCUCUUUCCUAAUGCUGUCUACCCUUGUUAUUCUGUGUGAAAAUCUUGUUGGAGCUCAUAUGCUACACAUAAAUCCACCGGCUACUCACAGUGUCCACCUGGACCUUUUGUCAUACUUCAUAUUGUUAUCAUUGGUAGAACACAAGACCUUCACAUUGCAGCCAUGGAAAAGCUGAUACCUUAAUUUCUGUGCACAAUAAAAGCAGUUUCUCCUUUACUUGUUUCUUUUACCUAGCAAUAAAAAUCAAGACCCCCACCCACCUUUGCUGCUGCAGUUUUCAACAACUUUUCCAAGCAGAGCUCUCUACAAUUGCAUUCAUACAUUCCAGUGAAUCAACCUGCUCAGUACUUCCUCAUGCUUCACAUCAACAUAGAUAGAUAGAUACUUUAUUAAUCCCAAUGGGAAAUUCACAUUCUUCAGCAGCAGCAUACUGAUACAAUAAAUAAUAUUAAAUUAAAGAAUGAUAAUAAUACAGGUGAAAAAAACAGACAAUAACUAUGUAUAAUGUUAAAUAUUAACGUUUACCCCCCCUGGUGGAAUUAAAGAGUCGCAUAGUUUGGGGGAGGAACGAUCUCCUCAAUCUGUCUGUGGAGCAGGACAGUGACAGCAGUCUGUUGCUGAAGCUGCUCUUCUGUCUGGAGAUGAUACUGUUUAGUGGAUGCAGUGGAUUCUCCAUAAUUGAUAGGAGCCUGCUGAGCGCCCUUCGCUCUGCCACAGAUGUUAAACUGUCCAGCUCCAUGCCAACAAUAGAGCCUGCCUUCCUCACCAGUUUGUCCAGGCGUGAGGCGUCUUUCCUCUUAAUGCUGCCUCCCCAGCACACCACUGCGUAGAAGAGGGCGCUCGCCACAACUGUUUGAUAGAACAUCUGCAGCAUCUUAUUGCAGAUGUUGAAGGAAGCCAGCCUUCUAAGGAAGUAUAACCGGCUUUGUCCUUUCUUGCACAGCGCAUCAGUAUUGGCAGUCCAGUCUAAUUUAUCAUCCAUGAACAUAAUAUAUAUAAAAAAAAUUCAUAACCACUCUCUCAAAUUUAAUACAUGCUUUCUUUGCACCACCUUUUCUUAUUUCUCAACCUUUAUGAUGUUGUGAACCAAUUUUCUCUUUCCAGUGUGUUUGUGACCCACUGGGAGGUCAACCCUCUUUGAAUUUGGUGUGACCCUCGGUUUCCACCUCUGUGAGUUUUGCUAGACCCAUCACCCAUGUGAAUUUAGAAUGAUAGUCUGAGUUGGGGAAGCGGUGUGGGCCCCCUCACAGAAUAGAGUACAAUCGUCAAAGUGGGGCCGGUCCCACACGAUUAUCUGAAUGUCAGAGCAUUAGUUAAAUCAAGCAUGAGCCACAGAGCUGGUGUUGGGGAAUUGGCUUUGGAUCAGCUGCGAUGCGGCCCCUGUAAAACGAGGGCGAUCAUCGGCACAGGGUUUGGAAUUUUGUCCAGAGUUGCCUGCAGCCCACCUUCAAUACCACCAUCACUUCAACUCUCCCCAUAAUCUCUCUUCGUGUCUCCACACCAUCUUUCUUCUUUUCCACUCCAAAGAAAUAAAAAAAUGGUAUUUCAUUGGCUAACUAAUGGUGCACUGCCUUAUGAGCAUCAGUUCUGUUUUUUCUUCCUCUUUUUUCACACUACUUUUGAAUAAUAAGUGUGUGUUAUUGAGACUAACUUUUGAGAGCAGUUAAGUUCAUCACGACACCACAUAUUUAAUAACAAGAAGCAUUUCAAUUACAGCAAUGAACACACAAAUACAUGCUAAAUCCUUAAACAUUACCAUGCCCUUAACCACCAUGCAAAGGUCCCAAACUAGUUAAUCAUUACAAGUCUUAAGUAAAUGUGUGCUUCAUAGUAAUAAGACUUCUUUAUAUGUAAACUAGGGGCCUUCGCCCCCUUGCUCAUUUCUUUCACCUCCCCCAGCCCCGAACGCACCACAAGGAGAGGAGGUCACUCCUCUGAAACCCCUCUUAAACGGUGAUACAAUGGGAAACAAAUACAUUUCUUUUAUGUCCUCUUUGCUCGAUCAGCUGUUGGCUUGCUGCUGUUUCUGUUCCGCGUGAUCAGCAUUUCAAGCGGGCACCUUGAAUGUUUAACAGCCUGUACAGCACCUGUCCUUUUGUCCUCCAACACUAUGCGAUCUCUUUUCGCUUUUCUGUUAUUUCACCCAGUAAUAUUUUCUGUUUGUUUGUGCUAAUGUCAUCUUUUUUUGAGACUUUCGAAUUUUCCUACUUCCAUUAUCUCGACGUGUGUAUCACGGGACUUGCUUACAAAGGUUGUAAGUAUGAUGUGACAUGCCUGUCUCGCGGGACAUGAAAGUGUCUCUGUCUCUAUUCAAAAGAUCAUGUCUUGUCGCCGGAAAAAAGUCUCGUCCCAAGAUUUUUUUAUAUAAUAGAGAGACUAUUAUCUGAGAAGAAAAUAUAAAGUUAAACGUUAUAUAAGAUCUCACCUUCUAAUUUAAAUGUGCUGGUACUUGUCCUAGUUAAGCAGGCAGGGAGUUUCAUGCACAGUUGUCCACACUGAAAGGAACACUAAAAACAAUCCAUAUUGUUGUGCUGAAUACGGAGGACCGUUCUACAAGUUGUAGUAAUUUUUAGACCCAUGGAACAAUUCAUGUUUGAGAGAAUAAAUUCAGAAUUAAAGCAACAAACACCGCUGAAUAAAAAUAAUUCUAAUAAUGUAAAUGGAGUGGAUUCAAAAUGGAAUCUACUCUUGAAUGGCACAAACAUCCAUUUUCAAAAAUGGACUAAAACACGCAAACGCAUGCAGGAGAUGUGCCUUAAAUAUGAGAUAAGUGAUACAGUGAAUGUCACCCAGCUGGACCUCAAUGACACAGACAAGUGCAUAGAAAUGACAGAAGAUGUAAUAAAACGGCACUAAAGACUUCCUCAUAUUUAAGGAUUAGCAAAGCCAACCUUUAACGGAAGUAAAAGCUAACUGGGUGGCAUUCAACACUUCUGAGCUUCUUUAAAAAACUGUUCUUGUUACAAUGAAAAAAAUCAAUGUUAUUUAGUAAUUUAAUAUUGGAUCAAGUAGAAAGUGGCAGCAAAUUAUGACUAGAGGGAGUGAUGUUCCUUAAAAUGAAGUUCCAAAAAGUAAUAUUAUAUACUUUAACACCUGAGCGCCUGACGUUUCCAGUUGUAAAUGACAAGCUCCAAUUCCCUAAACCUGCAUAAAAAUUGAGAUUUCGAUAGAAAAGUUACAUGGCAUACUAUUCGGAAACAAACUGAAAAUGUUUUAUUUCGCACAAAGCAGAACAUUCAACAAUAACCAACCCAUCAACCCAAACUGAAAUCCCCUGAAUAUAUGUGGACAAACCACCACCCCAGGGGUGGACUCCAACCUUUCAAACAAAAAUAUCAAAGAGCUACCCUCUUCACAGACCUCAAUGGCAUCAGAACUUAUAAGUAAUUAAGCUAUGAUCAAAUAAGGGCAGCUGAAGAAAAAAGGAAUAAAAAGUUCAUGUGUCAUGACAAUGAACAAAAUACUUGUGGAGUGAUGCAAGAAUGUAGCAAUGACUGAAUGAAAUAAACAGCAUUCAUUAGCAAUGGAAUUGAUGGAUGUUUUCAAAUGAACAAAAUUUAUGACCAUCGAGAUAAACUUCGUGAUGCAUCAUUGGCAAGGGACACUGUAUCGUUACUGUUUUAAAAGAUCAGAGUAUGGCCCAAAAUGCCAAAAUAAGGUGGUGGAAAUUCCAGAAAGAUUCUUUGUUACCUCUGCUGUUUGGCCUGGUGCAACGUAGACACGGAUUUGACAUCCGUAUUCAGAUCUGUCGAGAUCUUCAAGUAGUAAGCUGCCUGUUACUUGUAGAUAACCUGAAAGGGUGCAGCUGCAGUGACCGACAUGUUGGAAACCAACUGCACUUGGUGAAACAACAUAAGAUAUUUGGUAACCUCAAUCAAUUAAAAGUUAUAAUCCUAGGAAAGUUCCUGCCUGCUGUGUUUCAGCUUGGGUUCCAUCCCUGGCUUGUGUAUCUUCUUUUGUUUAUUUAAUAGUUUUGUUAUCUUUUAAAUAUUAUUUUUAACCAAGUCCAUGUUUUUAAUGUCAUGUUAUGGAUCCUGUUGUCUUUGUUGUGUUUAUAUAAUAAUGUUUUUUUGUUCAUACUGUGCUUAUUAUUAUUUUUUAAUUUUGUAUUAUCUUACUAAAACAUGUAAUGGUUGUGUUUCUUUUAUGUCUAUUCCCCUAUAUGUAGAGCCUAAGGGGGUGGGCCACCUGCCCCUAGGGUACUACUCCAGCUGUAUUAAAGAAGAAUGGCAUUUUCUGUUUGUGAUUCUUGAUUUGGAUUUGUGAAUCUUUCAUUGUUUGAUUUAUUGGCUUCAACCCUGCUUUGAUCAGUGUACUGUUUUUAUGGUUACUGUUUUCGGGGUUUGUUUGCUUUAAGCUAUUUUUGAUUUUCAUUUUUUUUGCCUUCCUUGAUCUUUUGUGCUCAUUUCUCUGGAAUUCUUUAAAUAAAUUCCUUAAAUAUUGAUGGAA